GCUCGGAAGAUGCUCCCGGUUGUUCACGUGACGGGUGGACCACCCUCGUCGCGACGGCGGCGUCGCGCGACGUUCCCGCUCGGUACCGCGGUGUCCGCGUAUGCCCCCGGGGUAACCGGGGACGCGAGAGAUACCGGUGCCGGUAGGAUCUGCGGAUCAACAUCCACUGCCACGAUGAUGACCAUGGCCUUAACCGUCCUCUUGGUCCUGGUGCCAGCGGCGUACCCGGACAAGAUUUCCAUUGGUGCCAUUUUUGAGCAGGGUACCGACGAGGUACAGUCCGCCUUCAAGUUCGCGAUGUUCAACCAUAACCAGAACACUACAACUCGCAAGUUUGAGCUGCAAGCUUUCGUGGAUGUAAUUAAUACCGCGGAUGCCUACAAGCUCUCCCGCCUCAUCUGCAGCCAGUUCAGCAGAGGCGUGUUUUCGAUGUUGGGCGCAGUCAGUCCAGACUCGUUCGACACACUGCACUCCUACAGCAACACCUUUCAGAUGCCAUUCGUAACACCCUGGUUUCCCGAGAAGGUCCUGACGCCGUCCUCGGGUCUCCUGGACUUCGCCAUAAGUAUGCGACCGGAUUACCAUCGCGCUAUCAUCGAUACGGUGCGAUACUACGGCUGGAAGAAAAUCAUCUACCUGUACGACUCCCACGACGGACUGCUCAGGCUGCAGCAAAUUUAUCAGGGGCUAAAGCCAGGCAACGAGUCCUUUCAAGUCGAAACCGUCAAGAGAAUACAGAACAUGUCAGAGGCGAUCGAUUUUCUGCGCAGCCUGGAGGAACUUAACCGAUGGAGCAACAAAUACGUCGUGCUCGACUGCCCGACGGACAUGGCGAAGGAUAUCGUCGUGAGUCACGUGAGAGACGUGGCUCUGGGAAAGAGGACGUAUCAUUAUCUGCUGAGUGGCUUGAUAAUGGACGACCGAUGGGAGAGCGAGGUGAUCGAGUACGGCGCCAUCAACAUCACCGGCUUUCGCAUCGUGGACGCCACUCGACCCCACGUCAAGGAUUUCCUGGCCGGCUGGCAUCGCCUGGAUCCCGCCACGUCUCAAGGCGCCGGUCGUGAAUCCAUUUCCGCACAAGCCGCCCUGAUGUACGACGCCGUGUUCGUCCUCGUCGAAGCCUUUAACAAGUUUCUGAGAAAGAGAACCGAUAAAAAUAACACGAGACGAAUAGGGGCUCCCGGCAGCAGUCAGCCCACAAACGGGACGAAAUCUUUGGACUGCAACCACAACCGCGGCUGGGUGUCUCCGUGGGAAUACGGCGACAAAAUCUCGAGACUCUUAAGAAAGGUGGAGAUCGAAGGUCUAACGGGAGAGAUACGGUUCAACGACGACGGUCGACGACAAAAUUACACGCUUCAUGUCGUCGAGAUGACUGUCAAUAGCGCUAUGGUGAAAGUUGCCGAAUGGACCGACGAGGGUGGUUUUCAAGCGAUAUCCGCCAAAUAUGUGCGACUUCGUCCGCAUACAGAGAUCGAGAAGAAUAAAACAUACGUCAUUACUACGAUAAUGGAGGAGCCAUAUAUAAUGAAGAAAGUGUCGGACACGGGUGAAAUAUUGGUCGGAAACGAUGGUUACGAAGGCUACUGUAAAGACCUGGCUGAUCUUAUCGCCAAAAAGUUGGGCAUAUCAUACGAGCUGCGGAUCGUGAAGGACGCAAAAUACGGUUCCGAGAAUCCGGAUGUACCAGGCGGUUGGGACGGCAUGGUCGGGGAGCUUAUCAGAAAGGAGGCGGACAUAGCGAUCGCUCCCAUCACCAUCACCUCCGAGCGGGAGCGGGUGAUCGAUUUUAGUAAACCGUUCAUGUCUCUCGGCAUCAGCAUCAUGAUAAAAAAGCCCAUCAAACAAAAACCCGGGGUCUUCAGCUUCCUGAAUCCGCUGAGCAAGGAGAUCUGGGUGUGCGUUAUUUUCGCCUACAUCGCAGUUUCCAUCGUCCUGUUUAUUGUGUCGAGAUUCUCGCCGUACGAGUGGAGGGUCCUGACCAUCAGCGGUAGCACAGAUUCGGCCAUUAGCGGACGAAACGAGCCCGGUUUGCAGCAUCCUCACACGCCGCAAGGUUCACCUCACAUGCCAACUUCCAGCAUGGCCAACGACUUCAGCAUCGUAAACAGCCUCUGGUUCGCUCUGGCGGCGUUUAUGCAACAGGGCUGCGAUAUCUCGCCCAGAUCCAUAUCCGGCCGCAUAGCCGGCAGCGUUUGGUGGUUCUUCACUCUGAUUUUAAUAUCCUCCUACACCGCAAAUCUCGCCGCGUUUCUAACUAUCGAGAGGAUGGUCACGCCGAUUAAUUCACCCGAGGAUUUGGCGUCGCAGACGGAGGUACAAUACGGCACCGUCGCCCACGGCUCCACUUGGGAUUUUUUUCGAAAAUCUCAGAUCAGUCUCUACAGCAAGAUGUGGGAAUUUAUGAACUCGCGGAAGCAGGUGUUCGUCAAGUCGUACGAGGAGGGAAUACGAAAAGUGAGGAUGAGUAAGGGCAAGUACGCGCUUCUGAUAGAGAGCCCGACGAACGAAUAUAUCAAUGAGAGAGAGCCCUGCGACACAAUGAAGGUCGGCAGAAAUCUCGAUGCCAAGGGAUUCGGCGUCGCAACGCCGCUCGGAUCCCCGCUCAAGGAUCCCAUAAACCUGGCGGUACUGUCACUGAAGGAAAACGGAGAAUUGGCGAAGUUGGUGGAACGAUGGUGGUAUGAAAGAACGGAAUGUCGGCACGUUGAGAAGCAGGACGCUACUAGAAACGAGUUAUCGCUGAGCAACGUGGCGGGACUAUUUUAUAUCCUCAUCGGUGGCCUUCUCUUGGCACUCGCCGUGGCUCUUUUGGAAUUCUGCUACAAGUCGCACACAGAGGCUACAAGGGCGAAGAUACCUUUAUCGGACGCGAUGAAGGCGAAAGCGCGACUUACCAUCGGUGCUGGUCGCGAUUUCGACAAUGGACGGUACUACACUCCAGCAAACGCGAUUGGGAAUACCGAGGGCGAGCAGGUACACAGCAAUACCCAUACCCAGGUGUAAACUACUACCUGGAGAGCCCGAGCGACUCGCCCGCCGUUUCGCUGCCCACGCCCCCGCCGCCGCCGCUGGUGGCACC